AAAAAAAAAACAGAGAGAAAAGACAGAAAAAAAGAAAAAGAAAAACAAACAAAUUUUCUUUUCUUUUUUUUUUCCCCUCUAAAAUCUAACGUUUUGUCUAUUCGUGUGUUUUUUUUUUUCUCUUCCGAUAAUGGGAGCUUUCGAAACAGAGAAACCCGCAAAAGAUGCGGCGGCUCUAGAAACACAGUCAUCAAUGGAAGAUUUCGAUCAACCAUCUCCUCUCCGUAAAAUAAUCUCCGUUGCUUCAAUCGCCGCCGGUGUACAAUUCGGGUGGGCCCUACAACUCUCCCUCCUGACUCCUUACGUUCAGCUUCUCGGGAUCCCUCACAAAUGGUCCUCUCUGAUCUGGCUCUGUGGUCCAGUCUCCGGCAUGAUUGUUCAACCAAUCGUCGGUUACUACAGUGACAGAUGCACCUCCAGAUUCGGUCGUCGUCGUCCCUUCAUCGCCGCCGGUGCCGCCAUGGUCGCCGUCGCCGUGUUCUUGAUCGGUUACGCGGCGGAUAUCGGUCACAAAAUGGGAGAUAAGCUCGAGCAAACGCCGAGGGUCCGAGCCAUCGGAAUCUUCGCUCUCGGGUUCUGGAUCCUCGACGUGGCUAACAACACCCUCCAAGGACCUUGUCGUGCUUUCUUAGCCGAUCUAGCCGCAGGAGACGCUAAGAAAACGCGAGUCGCAAACGCGUUUUUCUCGUUUUUUAUGGCGGUUGGAAAUGUUUUGGGAUACGCGGCUGGUUCUUACACUAACCUCCACAAGAUGUUUCCUUUUGCAAUGACGAAAGCUUGCGAUAUCUAUUGCGCGAAUCUCAAAACCUGUUUCUUUUUAUCCAUCACUCUCCUCCUCAUCGUCACCGUAACGUCUCUCUGGUACGUUAAAGACAAACAAUGGUCUCCGUCGCCGGUAAAUGACGACGACGAGAAGGUCUCGAGUGUUCCUUUCUUUGGAGAAAUCUUUGGAGCUUUUAAAGUCAUGAAACGUCCCAUGUGGAUGCUUCUUGUCGUCACGGCGUUGAAUUGGAUCGCAUGGUUCCCGUUUCUUUUGUUCGAUACUGAUUGGAUGGGUCGUGAAGUUUACGGUGGAGAUUCAGAAGGAGAUGAUAGUUUGAAGAAGCUAUAUAACCAAGGAGUGCAUCAAGGUGCAUUGGGAUUGAUGUUUAAUGCCAUUGUUCUUGGUUUUAUGUCACUUGGUGUUGAGUGGAUUGGUAAGAAAGUUGGAGGAGCUAAACGGCUUUGGGGAAUUGUUAAUUUCAUCCUAGCCGUUGGUUUGGCCAUGACUGUUCUCGUUACGAAAUUUGCCGAGGAUCACCGGAAAACCGCCGGUGCUUUAGCCGGACCGUCUCCUGGUAUCAGAGCUGGAGCGUUAAGUCUCUUUGCUGUUCUUGGUAUUCCCUUAGCUAUUACUUUCAGUAUUCCGUUUGCAUUAGCCUCCAUAUUUUCAAGCAGCUCCGGCGCCGGCCAAGGACUUUCUUUAGGAGUAUUAAAUUUGGCAAUUGUGAUACCACAAAUGAUAGUAUCACUUGGAGGUGGGCCUUUCGACGCCCUCUUCGGUGGUGGAAACCUACCGGCUUUUGUGCUCGGAGCAAUCGCGGCGGCGAUCAGUGGAGUAUUAGCGUUAACCGUUUUACCUUCACCGCCACCGGAUGCACCUGCCGUGAAGUCAGGAGCCAUGGGAUUCCAUUAGUUUACUUUAUGUUUUAUUUUCUUAUCAAACCCAUCAAAUACAGUAGUAAUAUUGUGCAAAACUGCAAAACCCAAAAACAAAAAAAAAGAAUGGAUAAAGUGAUGAAAUCUAAUAACCUUGGGGUCGACUGUAUUUCACCCUUCUUUUAGUUUGUUGUUUUUGUUACUGAUAUCAAUUUCCAAUAGAUUUUGUUUUUUUUUU